UCUCGUUCUUUCUUUAAACUCUUCAGAGUGCUUCACUUAAUCUGAGGCACAAAGAAGAAUCAUGCCGCUUACACAUAUUCAAAUCUUUAUUCUGAUGAGUGGAUUAUGUUCCCGAUUUCAUGCUAUCGAACAUCCACCAGUUCAAACUGUUAAGAGCCAAAAUGAAGAAGAAAUCUACACAGAUUCUGACACUCCGUUCUCAUCUCUCAAAGUCUUGCUUGGAUCUGAUGUAUCUUUGCGAUGUGACGUUCCUCUCCUGAGUGAAUCCUCCACAUUGCUCUGGGAGAAAGACGGAGGACAAAUAUCCAACACCACACUGAUCUACAACAACUCUGCCUACAUCAUCUUACACACUGUUGAUGAACACAGUGAAGGCAAAUAUUACUGUAGAUUGAUGGAAGAUGGAAGAGUAGAAACCGUUAGGAUUCACACACUUAAUGUCACUUCACAUACUUCUACCCAAAAUCUAAAAUUAAGAAAACAUUUCAUUUACAGACAAAGCUCCAAUAAUAGUGAUUUAUUACUCAUCUGCAAAAAUAACAGGACUAUUUUUGAGAGCUUGAAGUGGACCUGGGAGCCGAGGCCUAAUUCACAGAUUGAUCUGAUAGUCUCUGAAAAAGGAAGACAAAAUCAGUUAAAAGGACCAAUCCCACCAGGGAGAUGUUCUUCAACCGAAUACAACGGUCAAGUUUUAAUCUUUCACAUCUCACCUGUGUACUUCAAUUACAGAGGAACAUACAGCUGUUUUACAGAAGCUAGAGCCUACACAACAAUAACACUACACACCAUCAGAGUCUCAGUGGAGCCCCCUGAUGGUGUGUUGAGGAAGCAGUCAGUGGUUCUUACCUGUGAGCUUUCUGAAGUAACUGAGACAGUAAGAUUGGUCUGGCUCAGGAUGGAGAGGAACAGAGGAGUUCUAGUCAAACAGCAAAUUGUGACUGAGAACAAUACCAAGUUACAACUCACAAUUAAUCUAUCCAGCUAUGAAACAGACCCGAUGAACUGGCAGUGUGCAGUUUUUACUGAGAAUACUCUCAGAGCUCUGGCCUCUAUAACAAGCAGCCUUACCUUAUCAACUACAAAUGCUCCAAGUAUGUCCACAGAAAAUUUGAAUGUAACAAACAAAGCAACCAACAAUCAUGCAAAGGCUACAGUAUUCUGUGUUUUGGUUCUGUUUACUGUGAUUCUGCUUGGAGUUCUCUUGUGUUACUGUUACAAGAAACGAAAGUCAAGAGCUGACAGCUGGUUUAAAACCAAGUCUUUAAGUUCAGAGGUGUUGGAUUGCAGUACUACAGUCAUCUACUCAACUAGUGCAGGGAACCAGCACAGAACCUGUGCAGAGCAGAUUCAAGAAACAGCUUGAAUUUGUCUCUUCCGUUAGAACUUAAAUACAUCCUGCUGAGAAAAUAGAUAAAUAAUGACUAAAAUUCAUAUCCUUUCACUUUCCCUUUAUCCCUUCCUGUUCUUGCUUGUAUGAUUUUAAAUGAUGUCUGAAGAUAAUGAUACAUACUGUAGGGCAGCUUUUUUGAACAAUGUUGCUGGGUGAUGUUGCUUGGGCACUUUCCCAUUGUGAAUGGCCAACUCAUUAUUAUCUGGAUAAUUUAGAUCAGUGUGGGCCCUGUUUCUCACCUGGCUGUCUGUUGACAGCAACAUUGCCAAACAACAUCGCUAAAAAUGUUGCCUUGUGUUUGUUGUCAAGAUUGAUGUCUUGUACCUUUAAACUUUGUAUUAGCAUUUGAGUUUAUUGCCCAUUUAUGUGGGAAUCACUUGUAAUUCUCAUUUGUAAGUUGCUUUGGAUAAAAGGUCUGUAAAAUAAAUAAAUAUAAA